CAGCACAACCGAACAGCCAAGAUGGGUGCGAUCGACGACGGCUUCGAGGCGCUGCUAGAGCCCUUCUACAACGGCAAGAGUUUAACAGAUCCAAUAUCCACCAAGGAAGACAAAUACCAGUUAUUGCCGGCAUUCCUCAAAGUCAAAGGUCUCGUCAAGCAGCACAUCGACUCAUACAAUUUCUUUGUCGAGCAGGAGAUCAAGGAUAUUGUCAAGGCAAACCGCUCCAUCCGCAGCGACCAAGAGAAGGACUUCUGGCUCGAGUUUACCGACAUCCGCGUCGGCACCCCGACCCGCAAUGACUACAGCGAUUUCAAAGCCCGUGAUGAGGUCACGCCCAUGGAGUGCCGACUCCGGGACAUGACAUACGCCGCCCCCGUCGUUGUCGACAUUACAUACUCGCGCGAUCGGAAGAGGAUUGUUCGGAAAGAUAUCCCGCUCUGCCGAAUACCCGUCAUGCUCAAGAGCGCAAAAUGCUGUCUCAGCGGUGCCAACAACGCCCAGAUGGAGAUUAUGAAUGAAUGUCCCCUAGAUCCCGGCGGCUACUUCAUCAUCAACGGAACCGAAAAAGUCAUCCUCAUUCAGGAACAGCUCAGCAAGAACCGUGUCAUCGUCGAAGCCGACGAGAAGACAGGCGGCGUCUCAGCGUCCGUCACAAGUUCAACACACGAGCGCAAGUCCAAGACCUACGUCAUUCUCAAGAAAGAUCGCAUCGUCCUCAACCACAACGUCCUCGUCGAGCCAAUCCCCAUCAUCAUCGUUCUCAAAGCCCUCGGUGGCCUCUCCGACUACGAAAUCAUGGAGGUUGUGGCGGGGGGAGAUGCGCGAUACCAGGACGACUUCCUCAUCAACUUCGACGAGGCUACCAAGGCCGGCGUGUUCACGCAACAACAAGCUCUGGAGUACGUGGGCUCCAGAGUCAAGAUGGGAGGACCUAAGAAGGGGCGAUCAAUGGCCGCGCCGCGCCGGAGCCCUGUCGAGGAAGGGUUAGAUGCGCUGACAAACAUCAUCAUUGCCCAUGUCACAAUCGAAGACCUCGACUUCUACCCGAAAUCAAUAUAUAUCGCCAUGAUGGUCCGGCGUAUCCUGAUGGCGGCGCACAAUCCCAAGCUCGUCGACGACCGCGACUUUGUGGGCAACAAGCGGUUGGAACUGGCCGGGCAGCUACUCUCCCUGCUCUUUGAAGAUAUGUUCAAGAUGUUCGUCGGCGGUUUGAAAGGAAACAUGGAAUACUUCUUCAAAAAGCCUAACCGGACCUCCGCCUACGACCCUGUAGGCCCCAUCAGCAGUCAGGGUCAAUACAUCACGCAGGGUUUGAAUCGGGCCAUCCAGAGUGGGAAUUGGAACGUGAAGCGGUUCAAUAUGAACCGCGCGGGAGUCACACACGUCCUGAGCCGGUUGAGUUACAUCGCGGCCCUGGGUAUGAUGACUCGUAUCAGCAGUCAGUUCGAGAAAACGAGGAAGGUGAGCGGCCCUAGAGCCCUCCAGCCGUCGCAGUGGGGUAUGCUUUGCCCGUCCGACACUCCUGAAGGCGAAGCCUGCGGUUUGGUCAAGAAUCUGGCGCUCAUGACGCAUAUCACCACCAACGCCGAGGAGGAGCCUGUCAAGAACUGGAUCUUUGGUCUCAUUCCCGGCGUGGAGCCCAUUCGAAUGUACACCGGAACCGAAAUGCACAAGCCGGGCUCCUAUAUGAUCCACGUCAACGGCACGCCCUUCGCUAUUACCAAAAAUCCGAAAGAGUUCGCAUCGCGGUUCAAGACGACGCGUCGCCGCGGCCACAUCUCUCCGUUUAUCGGAAUUCACAUCAACGAGCAUUUCUCGGCAAUCCAUAUCGCCACAGAUGAAGGGCGCAUCUGCCGGCCCUAUAUCAUCGUGAAGGACGGGAAGCCGAAACUAAAAAAGGAGCACUUGAGACUAUUACAGUUUGGGAAGUCAACAUUCGACGACUUUCUUAAAGGCAGCAUCAUAGAAUACCUGGACGUCAACGAGGAGAAUGACGCAUUGAUUGCCAUCAGAGAAGACGACGUCAACCAGUCGACAACUCACAUGGAGAUUGAGCCCUUUACGAUCCUCGGAGCGGUCGCCGGACUGAUCCCCUUCCCCCAUCACAACCAGUCUCCGCGUAACACCUACCAAUGUGCUAUGGGUAAGCAAGCCAUCGGAGCCAUUGCAUACAACCAAUUCAACCGCAUCGAUACCCUUCUCUACACGCUCGUCUACCCACAACGGCCUAUGGUUAUCACGAAAACUAUCCAGCUCAUUCAUUACGACAAGCUCCCGGCUGGGCAGAACGCCACGGUCGUCGUCAUGUCGUACUCGGGCUACGAUAUCGAAGACGCUCUCGUGUUAAACAAGGCGUCGUGCGACCGGGGCUUUGGGCGCUGCCAGGUGUUCCGCAAGUACACGGCCGAGCUGCAACAGUACCCGAACGGGCGAAAAGACAGGCUGGGAGGUGUCCAGAAGGAUGAGGGCGGCAGUACCAUCGCCAAGCACGCCUGUCUGGACAAGGACGGGCUUGCUGUCGUGGGCUACCGGGUGCACUCCGGCGAGACCAUGAUCAUGAAGGAAACGCCGAUUGACCAGACGUCGACCGGGAUCGGUAGCGACCGCGGAUCCGACGACUUCCGGCCAGCCGCGAUCAACUACCGCAUCCCCGACCCGGCGUACAUCGACAAGGUGAUGAUCUCCAAUACGGAAAAGAACACGAGCAUCGUCAAAGUCCAAACUCGCCAAACCCGCCGGCCGGAGCUCGGCGACAAGUUCUCCUCCCGCCACGGCCAGAAGGGUGUCGUCGGCAUCAUCGUCGACCAGGAAGACAUGCCCUUUUCCGACUCGGGCCUCGUGCCGGACAUCAUCAUGAACCCCCACGGUUUCCCGUCCCGCAUGACGGUCGGCAAGCUUUUCGAGUGCCUCACCGGCAAGGCGUCUGUCGUUGCCGGCGAGCGCGACUACGGCUUCGGCGACGCGUUCCGCUCGCAUCCCGUCGAGGAGAUGGGCAAGGUCCUGGUCGAGCACGGCUUCUCCUGGGAAGGCAAAGACUACUUCACCUCGGGCAUCACCGGCGAGCCGCACGAGGCGUACCUGUUCAACGGGCCCAUCUACUACCAGCGCCUGAAGCACAUGGUGCAGGACAAGAUGCACUCGCGGUCGCGCGGGCCGCGCGCGAUCCUGACGCGGCAGCCGACCGAGGGCCGGUCGCGAGACGGCGGCCUGCGGCUGGGCGAGAUGGAGAGAGAUUGUCUGAUCGCGUACGGCGCCUCGCAGCUGCUGCUCGAGCGCCUCAUGAUCAGCUCCGACGGCACCCAGGUCGAUAUCUGCGAGCGCUGCGGCCUGCUGGGCUACAAGGGCUUCUGCCAGACGUGUGCGAGCACGAGCCAGGUGACCCAGAUGACGAUGCCGUACGCGGCGAAGCUGCUGGUGCAGGAGCUGAUUAGUAUGAAUGUUGGGGUGAGGAUGCAGUUGGAGGAUAAGUUCCCUCAUCCGAGGUGAGGAGGGAGGGGGUGAAUGUGAAUGGGGUGGCGUUCGGGAAGGGUGUGACAUUUUUUGUUUAUGUAUGAUAUUUGGGUCUGGCUAUCUGGUUUAGCAUGGCGCCUGAAGAUCAAGGAGUUACAAAAGGUAUGGUGUCGGUGAUGGAUAGAAACCAAACUAACAAAUUUUGUCCGUCUUCGGGGUGCAUCUAUCCCGUGUGGUGGUGGUAGAUAUGUUUUGGAAAGAGUCCACUUCAUGCGUGCAUCUCCAGAAGGUAUUCAUAAUCCUAACAGGUCCUAGAUAACCAAUACUGGAUAACCCAACAGUGUCAUACCGCUCUUACCCUCACAACUCACAGAAUCCACCCCCCUUUUCCACCUCACCACUUGCCCCACCUUUG